AUGGUUACUGUAGCAAAAGAGCCCACAUUCGCUCUUGGCGAUAGCAGUGGCAUCUCCCCCGGCACCCUGUACACGAUCAUCAUGGUCGAUAGCACAUGUCCAAAUGCUCGAAAACUCCACUACGCUCGGGCGAACUUCAAAAACAACUUCGACAUCACCAACAUAGAAACUGAUUCACCUGCUGUUCUGGAUUACGUUGCUCCUGGCUCCGUCGGCGAGAAAGGAGACGACCGACAGUACAGUUUCCUGAUGUACACGAACCCGGGACGGAAAGAGAUCACGGAUCUGCAAUUGCCAGGAGACGACGAGGCCUUUGAUAUCACAAAAUUCCAAGAUGAUAAUGGUCAGGGUGUCUACUGCUACUGGUGGGUCAGAUACGGCUGCGAGCGCUACACCCACGGACGAUGCGAACGCGCCUGGAGACGCGGACUCGGCUUCUUCAGCUGCGACCCCUACCCCUACCUCAGCAGCAUCGGGUAG